AGAAGUCGCAGCCAGCUGCCGUAUAUUAAGUGAAAGAAGAAGAACGUCUCGGUGAGAAGAUAGCGAAGUCGUCAGGAGCUGCCCGUGGCCUUGAGAGACUGUAAACGGAGGUGAAAUCCACGUGAAGACGCGUCUUGUUUUUGAAUUUGUGGACACAGAAUCCAGGGCAUCCAGGUUCAAGUUAAGGAUCGUGGACGACAAUUUUUAGAAGCUUAUUAGCAAACAAUCCAACCAUUUUUUUUUUCAAGCAUUUGAGCCACACGAAGAAAGAAACCAGUAAACCUUGGGAUCGUGUCAUGUCUCGCCGAAGAAGCCGCAGCGCAUCACCAGGGCGUUAUUCACGCUCCUGCAGCAGCAAUGAUCCUAGAGAUUUGGAGAGACGGAUUUUUGUUGGGAAUUUGCCGACAUCCGACAUGGAAAAGAAGGAUAUGGAAGACCUGUUCAGCCCAUAUGGGAAGAUAGUCGGCGUAUCCAUGUUUCGUGGGUUUGGAUUUGUACAAUUUGAACGCGUUGAGGAAGCCGAAGCUGCAAAGGCGGCCCAACAGGGUCGAAUAUAUAAAGGUUAUAAAAUAGAUGUAAAUAUGGCAGUGGAGCGACGGCAAGCUAAACCUCAAUCCCAGCAGAGCCCUUCACGAAGGGCCCCGUAUAGCAGCUACGGGGAUAGCAAAGACCUGCGGCCUCGGUCACGUUCACCUGCUUAUGGGCGUGAAGGUCGUGAGCCUAGGGACGCCCGUGAUGGACGUGAGCCCCGGGACAGCCGUGAUGGGAGGGACUCGGGUAGAGAGCCUAGACCGGCUGGCCACUCUCGUGACCAUGAUUACCGGUACCGUAGCUCAGAGAGCAGAGACAAGGACCCGCGGGAACCUGCAUACAGCAGAGAUGAUUAUGACCGAUACUACCGCAGUGGUAGUGCUGCUGAAGAAUAUUACCGAAGGAAGGAUGAACCCUACAGGGACCCAUACAGAGAUCCCUGGAACGGACGCCGUGAGCCAGAGGUCCCCUUGAAUCCCUCAGCUGUAGAUGAUCGUGCUCGACCAGAGGAGCGUAGGCGUAAUGAAUUGUAUAGACAGUACUAUGAAGAACUCCAACGGCGCUACGACACUGACCGUCCUGUUGACUGCUCUGUGAUUGUUGUCAACAAGGCACAAAAUAGGGAGUAUGCUGAGACAGUCGGGCGGAAAGUCCGUGAUCUGGGCAUGGUGGUGGAUCUGAUCUUCCUCAACACAGAAGUGUCACUAACCCAGGCACUGGAGGAUGUAGGCCGAGCCCGCACUCCCUUUGCCAUCAUCAUUACCCAGCAGCACCAGGUCCACCGGUCCUGCACUGUCAACAUCUUGUUCGGGACACCGCAAGAGCAUCGAAACAUGCCAAUGCAGGAUGCCAUGAUGCUGGUUGCCCACAACUAUGACGCCUACAAAGUUGAAAACCGUGAAAAAGAACGUGAGGAGAUUGCCAGAAAGGCUGCCAAGAUGGCGGACGAUGUGUUACUCAGGGAGCCUGACAGAGAGAGCCACCCUAUUUCUGUGCUCACUGCCAUCACGCUGUUGUCUGAAAACAGAUUUGUAACCCCAGAGGAACUGGAUGCACUUCUUGCGUACCUGAAGGACAAAAGAGCCCGACUGCUACGAAGCGCUGCAGACCCUCUUGCAGCUGCAGUCCAUUCUGCGGUUCCUGCAGCAGCCCACCAUGAUGUUCCGCCCACAGCUGCAGGACUGCCUGCUCCAUCCCAUUCUACUCACACACCCCCACAGUCCAGCCACCUCGGCCUGUCAGCGGGUUCAAGUGUCUCAGCUAACCCCAAUCAUCAGCAGGAGCUGCAGGCUAAAAUCCUCAGCCUGUUCAACAGUGGCACAGGGGCGUCAACAGGCACUGGAGGCCUGCCUGUCACCUCUCAGUCACAGUCCUACGGCCCCCCUUCCCAGAACCCACCCCGCCCAACCAUGCCUGGCCUUCCUCCAUCUGGAUCCCAGGGUUAUGGUGCCCCACCACCUCUUGGCCGCAUGCCACUUGUACCAGGCGGUCAAAGACCUCCCGGCUCUGCUUCAGGUAUCAAUUUUGACAACCCAAGUGUACAGAAAGCUCUGGACACCCUCAUUCAGAGCGGACCAUCUCUCAACCACCUGGUGGGAACUGGCGCCUCUCAGCAGCCACCACCCAGGCAGGCACCCAGCAUGGGCCAGGCCCCGCCUAUGUCCAUGUAUCCCCGACAUUACUGAUGGAUUGUAGUGAAUUAAUUAUUCUCCUAAUGUGAGGUCCACCUCUGCCUCUGACACACACUCUGUGCGGUGAAUUUACCAGCUGUGUAUAGGUAGACUGUAGGGGUGUUUUGUAAAAUCUUAAGUUUUUAUUUUUUUUCUGGGUAUUGUGCUCAGUUUGUUAAAUUUGACAACUUGUCCGGAUUUCCUAAUGUUCUGUAUUUUCAAUUAUUAGCCAGAAGAUAAUAAAUCAUUCUUCUUGCAUGUGAUUUAAACUGUGAGGUGUGUCAAGUACAGUGUAAUUUGGUUAUGAUGGACUCCUUAGUUAUUUUUCCAACCAUGAUCUGUUGUGUGUUUUAUAGUUUUCCAAAGUGUCUUUUUAAUUUGUAACAUUUUCAUUGUCAAAACAAGACAUGAUUUAAAAAUUCAAGACACAAUUGCUGUAAUAAAAUGGUAUUGGUUUAUUGCAUUUUGUGCUGACAAAUCUAUAAAAUGGAACGGGUAUCGCCAGAAGCUAUAGAUAUAAGCAUUUGAAAUGUAAGAUAAAACUACUUUUUCCUCUUUUUAAUGUACCAUGAAACACAAUAGAGAAUACAUGUUUGUUUUUUUUACUUUAGAAUAUUUAACUUACACUGACACAAAAGAAACACCUCCACACUAACUGUAUUUGAUUUAUUUACACAUAGCCCCCUCCCACCCCGCCCCCAGCAGUUACAAGUGCACAUGUACACACAUACACACUCCCACAGAACUGAAAGGAACACACUACGGCUUUACCAUAAGACUAGGUACAGUAUCAAGGAAGAGUAAUGAACAGUUCUGAAUAGGGGGGGGGGGGGAACACAAUUUCAUAUUACUAAAAUUUGAUACAGGUGUGUCUUUGUGUGUGUGUGUGUAUGUAUAUAUAUAUAUAUAUAUAUACGAUACAUCCAUUAAAGUUUUCAAGCAUCCAUACAAAAAUUUUCCCCACAACUCCAGUGAAUUAAAAACAAACGUGGACAUUCCUCGAGAGGGGAGGUACUGGUUAAAUAAAAUACUGUUUUUUCAAGGGCCAUAAAGUGUUGAAAGGAUAAGACAUUUUGGAAAAUAGCUUAUUUCCAUGAGGUAUGUAAGAAGAUCAUUCCAGUCAUUUAUGAAUAUGAAGCUAAUGCUUAGCACAAUGACUGGACAGGUCAAAACUGCAGGCCUGGCUCUGUCCAAAGGUAAAAGUAGGAACUUCCUGGAGUCUCCGCUUGUUGCAUGGCAUGGCCUUAUGUUAUUUUUACACUUCAGUGUUUUUACGGAUUAACCCAAAUAAAUAUGUGUCUUAAGAGGCAGAGCCAGGCUACCCCCCCCCCCCCCCUGCCAGUCUUUGUGCUAACUUUUGGCCAGAAAUUUCACCAAAAAUGUAGAUUGUUUUGGUUGUCUGAAUUUCAACAAUAAAAUACCUGUUUUGGUCA